GCACACAGACACCUAUCCGGUUGAUCUCGCCUCUGGAACAGGCUCCGCUUCACACCAUAACACUGCUGACAUGUGACUGUCACAUAGACACGCGACGAUCGCGCGAAUUCUAUUUGUCGUCCACCACAGCAAUCAGAUGCAGAGGUCAGUGGCUUCGUGUGGCCUUGGAAAGCACUCCGGCACACUAAGAAGAAAAAGAUGGGGAGGUUUGAGACGGCGGUGGGAGCUUCUGGGCUUAUUUGAAAUUGAUCAGCACCACGAAUUCUACAGCCUGACUUGCAUGAUGAAGGAGGGAUUGUCUACAUCAAUCCAAACCACUGCUGAUCAUGCAUCUAAAAGUCAACUGUUAGAAGAUGAUUUCAGAGCAGCGGACACCCACAUUCAUGAGGGUUUUACGUUGGAGACCUUUGCUGGCCCAGUGUUUGCCAAUCUACGAGGUUCUUUAGGGCUGACAGAACUGGAGUAUCAGCAAUCACUCUGCUCUGAUAAGUGCUACCUUCAGUUCAUUAGCAACUCCAAAAGCAAGGCUGACUUCUUCCUCACGACAAGCUUUAUUAACUCGUCUGUUGAGAUAACCUCUACUCCAUUUCUCUUCCCAUGUACAUCAAGGAAUGAUAAACGCUUCUUUUUGAAGACCCAGAAUGAAAGGGAAAUCCGAUUCCUUCUGGACAACCUGAAGAACUACAUUGCACAUUUGCGGAAAUACCCCCAUUCUCUUCUGGUCAAGCUGCUAGGUGUUCACAGGAUCAAAAUUUCCUGCAGGCAAAAGAAAUACUUCAUCGUUAUGCAAAGUGUGUUUUAUCCAGAUGAUCGAAUAAGUGCCAGGUACGAUAUUAAAGGUUGUGAAGUGAGUCGCUGGACAAAUCCUUCACCAGAUGGAUCCCAGUUUAUUGUGGUCCUCAAAGACCUCAACUUUGAAGGGCAGUACAUCACCCUAGACCAGCAGCGUUCCUGGCUCCUGCGGCAAAUGGAGAUCGACACAGACUUUCUCAGAAGCCUCAACGUGUUGGAUUACAGUCUUCUCCUUGCCCAUCAGCCUUUACAACAAGAUGAACGUCACCAUGCUCUCUCCUUUGCUUCACUCAUCAUGAGAACUAAGCGAUCUGUUAAUCCAAGCACCAACCCUGUCAAUAACAUCCCUGGUGUACCGGGGGCAGUCCCAGAGGAUAAUUCAAUUUUCACCUCAUCUGAAAUUGAUAGUAACAGUUUGAAGCAAGGACAAGCAGGAGAUGGCCAAAGUUGUGAAGCACAUCACCAGCAUAUUACUGGCAGUGAAACUGAAGAGCUUCCAGACUUUGAAGUCCAAAACAGACGUUUACUGCUCAACUUAAAGAACGCUCUGCAUGUCAUUGAUGGACCAGAUCAACGCUACUUCAUUGGCAUCAUUGACAUUUUUACAGUUUACAGUUUAAAGAAAAGACUGGAAUAUUGGUGGAAGAGACUGAGGCAUCCGGGCCGGACAUUCUCCACAGUAAGUCCUCAGACUUAUUGCACGAGGCUGUGUCAGUGGGUGCUGGACCAUACCAAGUAGGUACUGCCAGUCAUCCUCUACUUGUAUGUGUCACCUGGGAUAGGCUUCACACACUUGUGACCCAAGUGAGAAUAGACCAUAUAGAGGAGAGGUUAAUGCAUAAAACAUCCAACCAUUUUCUGAACCGCUUAAUGUUACGAAGGUCGCGGGAAUGCUGGAGUCAAUCCCAGCUGCCAUCGGGCAAGAGGCGGGGUACAACUUGGGUUAAAUAAUUUCAAAUAAAGUAGAGAAGGCCAGAGAAAAGUUUGGUGUUAUAAAGAAACAUAAAAUCUACCAAGCCAAAUAAAGACUCAAAUGUUUUUGUGUACUACUAUGCUUUCAUGCUGGCCUCAUUGUAAAACCCUUGCAAAAUCAUCUUUAAUUUACUUUCUGAGUUGCUCUUUCCACCUGAAUGUUAAUGUGCUUAUGGGAAGUCAAGGGUAAAAUUUUUGUCAUACGCUCCAUGAACUACGAUUACAUUUUGAUAACAUUAAAUCCUGCCAUUCUCCUCUCAGAUUGUGGCCAUACAGUCGAAAAAAAAAUCAGUCAUGAUUAUUCAAGAUUGAUGUCCACAUUUUGUCCUCAAAGAUGAUCUCCAGCAUUAUACAGUAUGUUGUACACUUGGACAACCUGAUUUUUGGAGUUUCUGCAUUCUUGUUUUCUUUGCUUAAAGUAUCUCAAAUGUUAUACCGAUUGUCUUCAAGUAAUAGGAAACCACUCUCUAUCUCAAUUAGGCAGACAGAACCCAUUACUGGCUAAAACAUUCUUUGUAUUGAUGAUCCUGUUUGCGCUUUUUCGCAUUCCCAUUUUGAU